AUGCCGGCAUCGUGCGGUUCGGCCGGCUGUUCCCAGCCUACUGAUAGAUUUGGCCUUGAAAAUGCUGCAGCACUACCGCUGAGAUGGAGAUGGGAUGAGGAAGUGAAAUCUUUUUCUUGUUUUGUCGCGCCUGAAAGCGCAUUUUCUACGUGGCAAGUGGGCGAUAAGGGAAUUACUUUUUCCUCAACAUCUUUUAAUUUAGCAAUUCGUAAUAAUACACUUUGUAACAUGGAUGAAGUUGAAAUAGCUGCAAAUGAACAAGAUGAUAGUCAGAAUAACAAAAAUCCAUUACAGUUCCAAAAAUCAACAAUAUCAUGCGUUCAAGAAUGUGAGGCAAGCAAUGCUGAGAGACUCUGUAUCUUUGAUAUAUCACGUAAGCUAGACUACGGCAAUGAAUAUGAUAUUGGUGGAGCAUUUAUUAAAAAGAACCCUGAACUAUGGUUUUAUAUGACAACAGAAAUUUGCCCAAGCAAUAUUAUCAUAUUAAACCUCUUUGUUUGCCAUAGAAACAUAGGAUAUAUUAACUUAGGUAUUAGUAACUCCAAUGAAAGGGCCACUGAUAGCAAGCAAGAAGACUAUGUUUUUUUAAGUGAAAGCCUGAGUUGGAAAUCUUUCAAAUCAUCUAAAAAAGAUCAAUGCCAUUAUAUAAAAAGUUUCAUUUUCCACACUAAUGAUGUAGAAAGUCUUGUUAAAAAGACACUGAUAAUACCUAUUAAAAUAGAUGUUACACCUAAUUUUAACCUUAAUCUUGAGUUAGUCAAAAGAGUACAAGCAAAACAUGCAAUAGGAGGUAUAAUUAGAAAAGAAACACCUGACUUUACAUUGGAAUCUGCAACCCAUAAGAAGUUUCCCACCCACAAAGUUGUGCUAUGUACACAAAGCCCUGUACUAAAAGACCUCAUCAAGAACUCAACUGCGGAUUCAAUGUUUUUUGAUACCACUGAUGAUGUUCUUGAGCUAUUAACGGAGUAUUUGUACUCUGGUACUAUAAAAGACAUAACAAAGUAUGAUAAUGAAGUGUUGCUAGAAUUGGGAGAGAAAUUUAAACUUGAUAACUUAAUGCCUUUUAUUGAAAAUGCUAUUAUUGAGAAGAUAACAAUAGAUAAUGUUAUUGAGACGGCGCAAUUGGCACAAAAGCACAGAUUGCAAAGUGUAGAAAGAAAAGUUUAUAAAUACUUUAAAGAUAAUCCAGACAUACUACAAACUGAUGCUUGGAAGAAUCUAGUUGAUGUUGUCUUAACAAAAAAACUAUUGGAACAUCUAUAUUUUGAUAAGUAG